AUGUCUGAUUUUUCAAGCUUGACGGGCAAGUUUCGGAUUAACAAAGAAGCGGGACAGGAUCCAGCUGCCAAAGUCACUAAACGGCCCCGAGAAUCACUGGCCUGUAAUCAAUGCAAAAGAGCCAAAACCCGCUGCGAUCGACGACAUCCAUGCAGCUCUUGUACCCGAAAGGAUGAAGCCGCAAUAUGCUCCUAUCAGCGAGCCUCACCGGGCAGCAAUCGUUCAGCCACGGCGGAAGACCGACUCGCCCAUCUGGAGUCACUAGUUAAGGAUUUGAUGCAGAAUCAGAAUCUCAGACAGCCUGAGCACAACAGUGCUCCUGUGGAAGACCAGUCAACAGAAGACCCAAGAGUGACUGAUCAGAGUCUGGAAGAAGGUAGAUAUGUCGGCUCUACUCAUUGGUCUGCGGUCCUGGACGAUAUUCAGGAGCUGAAGAUAGCGGUGACCCGCCGAGAAGAUUCUCCAGAGCCCAGCCCGAAUCUAUCAUCAUCCCCGGAUUCCAACAAAGCAUCCAUAAUAUUUGGAUCGCCUAGUGAUUACCCCUUGGAGCAGGUCAUGGACCAGCAUCUUCCUUCUAGAGUGGAAGUUGAUCGAUUGGUUUCAAUCUACUUUCAGGGAGAAAGCUUCAUCAUCCCGUUUAUCCAUACGUUUCAGUUCCAACGCCAGUAUCGCGCCUUCUGGGCUGAACCUACCCAGGUCAACCCCCUGUGGCUUUCCAUGCUAUUCUCGAUUUGCGCCGUGUCCACCUUGAUUCGCGGCACAAUUGGCAUCUACCCCACCGCGAGGGAGGAAGUCAUUACCGAGGCCUGUCAAUUGCUUGCAGCGUCUGAGAAAUGUCUGGUUCGAGGUGAAUACCAUCGCCCGCAGCCAUUAGUCCUGGAGGCAUUGAUCAUGUAUGCACAAUGUAAAAAUAUGCAAUCUCUCGAUCCGUCGCGCGAAGCGGGUGCGAUUUUCGGGAUGGUCGUUCGCAUGGCUUAUGAGAUGGGGUAUCAUCGGGAUCCGGACUCUCUGGGAUCCUUCACGCCUUUCGAGGGCGAGAUGCGGCGGCGCUUUUGGUCGCUGUGCAAGCAGGUGGACUUGAUGGUCUCUUUUCAGCUUGGUCUUCCCAGCAACAUCUGCCUGGAGAAUUGUGACACCAAAUCCCCUCGAAAUUUAACCGACUCAGACUUUGAUGUUGACACGGAGGUUCUUCCGCCGUCAAGAACUGAAGAUGAACCGAUUGGACUACUUUGGUUCAUUGUUAAAGAUCGACAGAUGGUCAGUUUUUAUAAGGUGUGUCGCGACGCUCUGAGCUUCCAUGAAAAGUCCCAUGCAGAGAUUCUGCAACUGGAUAGUGAAAUUCGACAAAUAUUUACGACCAUUCCAAAUAUCCUUCGAACAAAGCCCCUGGCUGAUUCAAUUGCUGAUCCGCCUUUUUUGAUCAUGACCCGUAUCUAUCUCGAGUUUAUCUAUCUGAAGAGUCUGUGUGUCUUUCAUCGGAAGUAUAUGACACGAGGCAACCAGUUCAGUACCGAUUCUUGCAUGGAAGCUGGCCAACGGCUGGUCCGCCUAUUUAUCGAGACACACGCUGAGUUUUUACCUGGUGGUCGAUUAGAUGGUCAUCGUUGGAUGUUGACGAAUUUCACGAUGAAUGAUUUCCUCCUAGGAGUGAUGGUGCUCUGCCUGGUGAUUCAUGUUCACCGAAGGGAUCCACAAUCUUCAGUCAUUAGCUCAAAAGCUGAAGAGGGCAUUCUGCCGUUGCUGAAGCAGGCACAUGCGAUUUGCGUGGAAAAGUCAUCUGUGAGUCGGGAUGCUCGGUAUGUUUCACGUGCCAUCGCGGCUCUUUUAAAUGGACCGGUGACAAAAGUGGUGGCGCCUGCCUUACCUGUGGACGGUUCAAAUAUCAAUGCCGUGGAUAAUAUUUCUUUGGGGUGGUGGGAUCCAUUCUAUAUUGAAGACAGUAAUGAAGGUUUGGACUGGGGGUUGCUUGAAUCGCUCCUGUUGAAUCAACCGGGAGAGGGGGCGGGGGAUGGAUAG